AUGUCACUGGAGGCUUGUAUCGAUGGGUGGAAGCAUUUACGGAAAGUCCUUGUGGUGGACGGAACCCACAUGUUUGGGAAAUACAAAGGGGUUUUGCUUAGUGCUAGCGGGCAAGACGCAGACUGCCGCGCAUUCCCUAUUGCUUUCGCAGUAGGUGAGAGCGAGAACUCGGACUCUUGGAAGUGGUUCUUUGAAAGAUGCGCUGCAACAUUUGUAGCUAAAGAUAGAUGGUAUCCGCGUGCACACCAUGGUAUUUGUCUUGAACACCUUAAGUGUAACGUGGCAGAAAAGUACAAAGGACUGCAGCAGAAGGAUAUGGUCGGCAACGCCGGAGAGGCAUUCAAAGUUUCCGAGUUUGAAAAGCUCUAUGAGCUUAUACAGCUUACGGAUUGGAGAUGUUGGGAUUAUUUGGAAAAAAUCGACCGCAAGUUAUGGACACGUUCACAUUUCGAAGGAAAGAGAUAUAACAUGAUGACUUCAAAUAUAGCUGAAUCGUUGAAUCAUGCGCUGCUGCCACCCCGUGAUAGUCCUAUAUUGGCACUGAUGGAGUUUAUUAGACGGAUGCUGACUCGAUGGUUUGAGAGCAGGCACUGCAAGAUCAGUAAAAUGACUGGAAUUGUUCCUAAAUUAAUCGAGCAAAUACUGGUCGAACAGUUAGUGUUGUGUACUGGCCUUCUUGUUUUCCCCUGUUCCACGUGGGAAUUUGAAAUUACACACAAGGCAACUGGUUUUGGUUUUUCUGUUGAUUUGGAAAAACGAACUUGCUUAUGCAUUAAAUUCCAGAUGUUUGGACUGCCAUGCCGACACGCUAUUGCCGCUGCUUCUUAUCGAAACAUGGAGUACAGCUUUUUUGUUUCACAAUACCAUGUGAAAGAUACUUGGUCUGAAACAGUUAAGGGUAUUAUACUACCGGUUCCAAAUCCAGAGGAUAUCCAUAUUCCAGCAGAUAUACUAAAGCUCCUGCUUUUUCUACCAAUGACCAAAAGAACGAAGGAAGGCCAUGUAUUAAAAGGAAACUGUCAGCCGGAGAGGCUCCAGUAA